AAGAAUUAUAUCGGUCGCUCAUAAUGAAGAAAUCGACGGAUGGUCGGAGAAGAGAACGGAGUCUACAGAGUCGAGAGGCGGCGAAGCAUUACGCGGAGUCUUUUUCUAACAUGGAUCGGAUUUAUCAGUCCCUUGGGGUUUCUGGUCCCGACGAUUUGGCGAUUUCUCUCGAUGCGUGGGAGGCUUGCAAGAAGCGUUCCUUGUCAGAUGUCAGUAGUCUCAAAUUAUUUGGGCCUGAUAAGGAUAAGGUUCUGAGUAAAAGUAAAGCAGGUCGCGGUGUUGCUGGGCCUGUGAUGAUGCGUUACCAGUCGAGUCUGAACAAGACCGACAAGGUUGCUACUACUUCGGAAAUUGUUGUGAGAUUGUUGAGUCUACGGUUUGUUGAUGCCAAUGAAAAAUAUGCGGUCCUCCGUAAAAUAUUCAAUCUCCCUGGUGUCUCGUCUGUAAUCGUGGAUGAUUCUGAGGAUAUUAUCGUGACUGGGACAGUGGAUCCCAUGACAGUACGGAAAGAGCUUAAACAACACAGACCUCUACUAGUGAUAUCUCGACCCAUGAGGAGUGACGAGUCAGAUGAAGAAGGCGGUAGUGAGCAAUUGGAUUGGGAGCUUCUUUCUCUGGAAGAUGCAUACAGUGACGAGACGCUUUCAACAUUAUGGACUGGUACUCCUUCUGCGAGUUCAAUAUCAGGGGACUCGGAUUCAGGAAACGACAUGACAAUCGUUGCAGCUUUCAACAAUGACUGGGACGCCUUCCGCGAGUUUUUGAGCAACCGCUUGCCUCCGUUGGCUAUCUCUGGGUGCAGCGCCAAAGACGUCAUUGAUUUUCUUCGCAUGCGGCAGACUUCAGGCGUGGAGGCUGCUGCCGGGGAUCUUGUUGGUUACCUCAGUGCCACAUGGGAGACGCAUGGCAUCAGAUCAAUAGACAAUCCUUUUCGCAGCCUAGAUGUGACAACAUACCUAAGGUCGGCAAGUGAGAUGACUGGAGAAAAAGAAUGCGUAUUAGUCUUCUCGUGCAAUGACAACAAUGAUAUAGACGAGGCAUCUUUCAUCGAAGCCAUCUCAAAAGAGUUACAAAAGCGAGAGGUCACCCCCUUGAUGUAUAAUCUACUAGGCAAAGAGAAACCGGAUGAAAAGAUGCUAUACAGAUCUAGUGUUGGUAUAAUGAUACUUUCAAAUAGUUGUAGACAGUCGCUUGACCAUCUGGUGGAAAUCAUGGAGCAUGGGAAGGCAGCAAACUUUUUCAUUAUUCCUAUAUAUUUUAAGGCAACACUUUCAGACAUUUGUGGGUUUGAGCAAAGUUAUCUUCAGUAUUUGGAUUUUGCCCAGCUAGGCAGCGUUCAGAAAUGGAAAGCGGCUAUGGCUGAAACUGCGUCCAAUGGACAUGAAUGGAAAAAAAAGAAGCAGGUUUUGCUUACUGAGGAAGUUGUAAGAGACGUAUGCUUGAGGCUAUUUUUGAAAAAUAGCAAGAAUCUAAGCAGAAUCUUACAAUUAUUAAAUCACUCCCAGCACUCAGAAGCGGACAUUGUGGGACUCUGGGGUAUGCCAGGAAUAGGUAAGACAUCCAUUGCCAGAGAAAUUUUUGGAAUAUUGGCGCCACAAUAUGAUAUGUGUUACUUUCUGCAAGACUUUUAUCUUAUGUGUCAAAAGAAAGGGCUGAGGCAAAUGCGUGAUGAUUUCUUCUCUAAAGUAUUUGGGGAAGAAAAACUAAGUAUAAGUGCUUGUGACAUAAAACCGAGUUUCAUGAAGGAUUUGUUCCAAAAUCAAAAGAUUCUUCUUGUUCUCGAUGACGUGAGCGAUGCCAGAGAUGCAGAAGCUGUAGUUGGAGGGUUUGGCUGGUUUUCUCAUGGACACCGAAUCAUCUUAACCUCUAGGCGAAAACAAGUGCUUGUACAGUGUAAGGUUACAAAGACAUACGAGAUCCAAACAUUAUGCGAGUUUGAAUCUUUCCGUCUCUGCAAACAAUAUGUAAAUGAAGAAAGUGCGGUCAUCUCAGAGCUUGUAAGCUGCAGUAGUGGCAUUCCGUUGGCUAUCAAAGUUUUGGGUUUCUCUGUAUCAAAGCAGCAUAUAAACGAUAUGAAGUCACAUCUCGAAAGCUUGCGGAGAAAUCCUCCAACUGAGAUUCAGGAAGCAUUUCAGAGAAGCUUUGAUGGACUUGAUGAAAACGAAAAGAACAUAUUUUUGGACCUUGCGUGUUUUUUCAGAGGGGAGGACAAAGAUCAUGUGGUGCAAUUACUUGAUGCUUGCGGGUUUUUAACGUAUUUGGGCAUCUGUGAUCUAAUUGACGAGUCUCUCAUUAGCCUUUUGGACAAUAAGAUAGAGAUUCCAAUCCCUUUUCAAGACAUUGGUCGAUUUAUUGUUCAUGAAGAAGACAAGGACCCAUGCGAACGUAGCAGAUUGUGGGACUCUAGCGACAUUGCUGAUGUAUUGACAAACAAUUCAGGAACAGAGGCAAUUGAGGGCAUUUUCCUGAAUGCCUCUGACUUGACCGGUGAGUUGAGUCCUAUUGUGUUUGGUAAGAUGUAUAAUCUUAGAUUACUGAAGCUCUAUUGUUCCACCUCUGGGAAUGAGUGUAAGCUAAUUCUACCUCAAGGCCUUGACACUUUGCCUGAUGAGCUAAGGUUACUUCACUGGGAGAAUUACCCUCUGGAAUACUUGCCAAGGAAAUUUAAUCCUGAAAACCUUGUAGAGAUAAACAUGCCUUAUAGCAACUUGGACAAGUUGUGGGAAGAGAAGAAGAAUCUCAAGAAGCUAAAGAGUAUCAAACUGAGUCACUCCAGACAGUUAACUAAUAUCCUGAUGUUAUCAGAAGCGCUAAACCUUGAACACAUUGAUCUCGAAGGGUGUACGAGUCUGAUUGAUGUUAGCACAUCUAUUCGUCAUCUUGGGAAGCUUGUUUCCUUGAAUAUGAAAGACUGUUCCCGUUUGCAAAGCUUGCCAAUUAUGGUCGAUUUAACAUCUCUCAAGCGUCUUAAUUUGUCUGGCUGCUCAGAACUUGAGGAUAUUCAUGAUUUUGCACCAAACUUGGAAAAUAUAUAUCUAGCUGGGACUGCCAUUAGCGAACUUCCAUCGUCAGUCGAAAAUCUCACUGAACUUGUUACGCUAGAUCUGGAUAAUUGCGAAAGGCUUCAGCAACUGCCGAUUGGAAUAAGUAACUUGGAAGCUAUUGUUGAGCUUAAGCUGUCUGGCUGCACAAGUCUUCAGAGGUUUCCAAAAUCAAGGCAUUAGAUUGUGGUAUCAUCUCAG